GUUUGUUUCACUUCUUUUUUGUCCCUGGGAACUCAUGUCGACGCCACCGACGCUGCCUCCCAACCCUGCUUCUGGUGCUGCUGCGAGUGGACCCACGAUGAGCCAGAUUGCCAGUGUGGCAGCGACUUCGACUGGAGCUGCUGUCGCCUCGCUCACCGGAUCGCACAAUUCUGCUACCACUGGUACCACUGGCACUACUACGACGACGACGACGACUACGACUACUACUACUCCUGCUGCUGAGGUGCCAAAGUCGUUUGUGAUGCGGCACUGGCGCAAGGCAGCAGUCGUCUCUGCCAUCGCGCUGCUCUACGCUGGCUACAAGGACCAUGCGGCCCACGUCGACCGCCACCGCCUCGCCAUCCUCCGCGCAGCCGCCGAUGUUGGCGCAGAACCAACCGUCGCAAUGGAAAGCCCGCGCAGGCUGACUGUCAUCAUCAACCCGGCGGCGGGUGAUCGCAAGGCGCGUCGCUUGUUUGAGGAGCACGCUGCGCCGAUUUUGCAUCUGGCUGGCAUCGACUACGGCGUGGUCGAGACGGAGCGCGUUGGCCAAGGCAAGGAGAUUGCAGGCAUGAUUGAGCUCGCCAAGACGGACGGAAUCGUCGUCGUCGGUGGCGACGGACUGCUCCAGGAGGUCGUCACGGGCUUGCUGCGUCGUGAGGAUGCGGACGAGGCGCGCAAGGUGCCCGUCGGAGUCAUCCCAAUCGGAUCCGCCAACGGUUUCUUUGCCUCGUGGUUUGCCACGUCCCAAACCGCGCUCUGGAUUGCUGGCAUUGAGCGACUGCUGCCAGAGUCGUGGCGCACCCGUGUACUAGGCCGGCUAAUAUCAAUCGAUCCGGAGCAAGCAUCCGACACUCGUGGUUUGCCUACCUCGGAAGACGGACAGAUUCAACCACAAGACCACCCAGACGUCCUCCGCUACCUCGCCCAGCAACGUGACGAGCAGGCCCGAUCGGUGCUGGUGCGCCGCAUGGACGCGUUGAUGCGCGAAAAGACGCUCGUCCAGCGAGAAAUCGAAGUGCUCGACACCAGACCCACUUGGAAGCGCAUCGUCUCGAGCGCUGCACCACCCGGCGUUGACGAACGCAACAAACGGCUGGGCGCACUGGUCAUUGAGAUUCAAGCACUCGAACGCCAGAUCCAAGCCUCGGCCAGCCAGACGCUCCGCGUGCAUCGCGAAGUCACGGCGCCUGCGGCACAAGUAAGCUCGACCUUUGCCAAGCAAAUCAUCUCCACCAUCCUUGAGGACUCUGGCCGGUCUGUCGCUGCGGCUGCACUUGCGAUUGCCCGUGGCAACACGGCGCCAGUGGACGUGUUUGAGAUCUCUGCCGCCGAGUUGCAAAAGAAAGUGUACGCGCUGCACCACAUUGGCUUUGGUAUUCCGUCGUACGACGGGAUUGAUGCGACCAGCUCGACUUGGCUGAAGGGUUUGCGCUAUGAAAUGGCCCUUUGGAGAGCCGCCGUCCUCAAAAAGAAGCCGAGCGCCGAGAUGACAAUCUCCUACCACGACGUUCACACCAACGAGACCCUUUCGGCCCGCGUUCCCAACGUGCUGAGUCUCUUGGCGCUCAAGGGCAGCCACCUGACCGUCAGUCACCAAUUGCGGCCAUAUGCGGUAGCGCCCAACCUCCCGCCUCAAGUUGUUCCGCAAUUGUUCUUGCCAGGCGAGAAUCGCGCUCUGCCUGUCGGUGGCUCCGUGCAACUGAUGCUUCUCCAGGGCCCUGUGUCUGGCUGGCAGCUGGUGCAACUUGGCUCGGUCCUCUCGGCGAACUCGACUGCUCUGUCUACUCUGCAGCAACCCUCCCCUCUACCCGCAAACAUUCGCGUUGUUCAGACAGAUUCGUUUGAGCUGCAGCCCGACCGUAGCGCUGGCAUCCAAUGGAGCUUUGAUGGUGAAUUGUUUGAUCCCCUUCCGAUUCGUGUGCAAGUGCUUCGGCGACAUCUCGCCAUGUUUUGUUAAACGGCGCCCGCUGUGUAACACAACAAUAACAAGCCAUCAAUGUCUUAAUUGAACAAAUUUGUUUCUUUAAUCUGUCUUGCUCUCUCUUUGUG